AUGCUUUUGUUUGAAAUAUAUAGUUUCAUUUUAAUACUAUUGCAAUGGAAUAAGAUUCUAGUACUUCACAACCAUAUAAACAAUGAAGUAUUCAAAUUAGUGUCUUCCAGAUUGCUGGGGCAAUCUAAUGGGGAAUCAUAUGAUGAAACAAAUUUGAAAAAGACAUUUGUAUUACAUACUAAUGAAAAGGACAGUAAAUUAGGAAGUCCCAAUAUAUGUGUCGAGCCUGAGCCAAUUGCAGAUUUGCGAAUAUAUAAAUCAAAAGGCAGUAAGGAUGCUCGUAAUAAAUUAAAAAAUGAUAAACCAUCAACAAGUCAAAAUAAUAAUGUAUUAAAAUAUAAAAUAAAAAAAGACCCAUUAAAUGAUAAAAAUGACGAUGAUAAAAUAUUAGGCAAAAAAAAAGUAAAUCAUCAAAAUUUUAACAAUUCAAAAUCAAAUAAUUUAAAUUCAAAUAAACAAUAUCAAACAAUCCAUAAUGAAGAAGUGAAAUUAUUUGACAAGGAGGCCAAAGAUGUAACAGAACCAUUAAAUGAUUUAUUGGAUGGGAAAUUUAAAAAUGUAAAAUUAUUAAUAGAAGAAAUUUUAAAGAAAGAAUUUCAGCAGAUAAAGAAACGAUUAGAUACUUUGCUAAAAAACGAUAUGGAAAAGUGUGAAUUAAUAAAAAAUAAGAUAUUAGAAAAUCAAAUUGAGAAAGCUAACAUAUUAAGGGAUAAAUUGUUAGAAGAUAAAACUAUAUGUGAAAAAUUGAAAAUUGAAGAGAUUAAUAGCAUAGAAUCAUUGGAAAAUAGUAUUAAUAAUAUGGGUAUUAGAGAUAGAACAAAAUUACAGAUAAAAAAACAUAUCCAAAAUUAUAUGGAUGUUGAUGAUUCAUUUGAUCAAGUUAUCAUUUAUAAUCAAAUUAAGAAAUGUAUUAAAAAUGAUAUAAAACCAGGCAUAUUUCGCAAAAUAGUGCAUACUCUAAAAAUAGAAGAAGGCCUCGACGUUAUAGGGAAAAGCAAAUAUUAUCAUAAAAUAAAAAAUAGUCCUCUAUUAUUAUAUAUAAGACGAUAUGUAAUAUUCGACGUAAUAGUAUUUGUGGGUACUAGUCAACUCUUAAGCGCGGCGCCUACAUCAAUACCUAUAAUAGUUGCAUUACUUGUUGUAUUAUUUCUUAUAGUAAAAUAUGGAGGUAAUAUAAAAGAAUUUUUUCAAAAAUUGACAAAAAAAAAAAAAAAAAAAAAAAGAGUGAAUCCCAAACAUUGA